AGUAACUGAAUAUAGCACAGUAGCAUUGCUCAAUAUUGUCCUGGUUCAUGUUCACUGUAAUCAGAAACUGUUGGAGCCUCUGUGUUCUGGCAGCAGUACACACGUCUCUGGUAACUUUGUGCUGCUUAUCAUUGAUUUUUAAUUUUUUUUUUCUUUUUCUAUUCCUUUAGGCCUUUUUACCGACAAACAGAAUACAAUACGUCUGUGGGCAAGAUCCGACCCUUGGGGAAUAUUCUGUCUUUAUGUGGUCUAGACAUGUGUGAUCUCAAUGACCUGAUUUCAGUGCCAUAUGAUGAUCUAUUUUGGGUACUUGAAUUCUAUACCAGGUAUUAUCCAGCCAUACAAACACUUAUCACUGUGUUCAAGCUCCACAGUCCAACAGAGUCACCUUCAUAAAGACUUUGUUUGCACUUUUACCACAUCAGAGCGCUGCAGCUCCAGGAGUCCAGCCACUGAAACAGGGUCAGAUGGGGAUACCACGCUUUGGCUAAUAAAGAUAAAAUGUGAAGAAGAAGAGGGGAACAGGAGCCAACAGGCUUCAGAGGGAGAGAAAGAACAGGUGUGACAACAAAUACAGAGAUGGAGUUUGGAAUAUUGUUUUCAAAUUUGAGAUCAGUGGCAAACCAGCACUUUAAAUUGCAUUAAUUUUUAUAUGUCUUCUGCUCCUUUUUGAUUUUAACGGAUCCUGGGGUAUCUGAGCCAAUCACAGUUGACAACAGGUCACCAGGUCAGGUACAUGGACAUCAGACAUCCAGACCAUCAGAGAGCCACAAAGAGAGAUGAAUGUUCAUGAACAUUAAAAAUAAUUACUAUCUUUAUCCAAACAGUCUCAGAACAGUCUGCAAAUGUGACUUAAUUACUCGCAGACAAUGCAUGCACUUUAUGCAAACUUUUUUGCGUAAACUUUAUGCAGAAGGUUUAAAGUGCAAACAAAUGACCAUAUUAAUGCACUGCAAAAGUAGGAGAUGAACAGUCCACAUUUGAAAUUAAAAAGAAAGAAAUGAUGAAAAUAGAAAGAUUGAAAUUAUAAUUUUUGGAUUUCUAAGAUUUGAAGCUAAAUACUGCUAUAAUGUUUGUACUCUGUCAUAGUAAACAAAAAGAAUGCUGAUCCACUUUACCCUUUAACUUGAGCUCGUAUCUUGAAGUCCCACUGUAGCCACAGCAGGAUUUUGUUUUGUACAGUGAAUAGUGAGCAGCCAGUUUUCUGUGGAGCUGUACGCUUCAACGACUUAAGGUUGUGCAUGUCCACCGUAAUUCGUCGUCUUUUUGUCUAAAUAUGAGAUGGUAGAAUAUUAAAUUUAAGCCACAGAUCUACUUCCUGGCAGAAUUACUGCAAGUCAUGUACAUGUUCAUGUACAAAGGAUACAGGAUGAAGGAUUUUUUUUAAAUUUAUAUAUUUGCAAAAACAUUACAGCUCUUGUACAUCACCUUGACACACCUAGUAAGACUCACUAACUACAAAUUAUGUGUUUUUAGGGUGGCCAUGCCAGAGUGACAGGUGCCUCGUCUUCUUUACUGGAGGCUGUCAGGUGCUAGAAUACCCUCUGGCAGUAAUUGCACCUGACAAAUGGUCCUUGACAAAGGAAUGGAGGGUGUUCAACCUCUAACUGAUCUGACAGUGCAACCUAAUUGAAACAAUCAAUCAGAAGCACUAUUGUCUUUUCUUUUCUGAUUUUCACUCUCUUCUACCGUAUGCAUAUCAGUCAGUCAGUCUCUCUGCUUCUCACGCUCAAUUGAACAUUGUAUUAAGACUUACAGUGUGUCCACAAAUCAAUACCCAAAAUAUGGCUCCUUUCCCUUGGCUCUGCACCCAAAUCAUUCCCUCUACAGCACACAAACCCAUUACUUGAUCAUUAUGUCGUGACAGCACUAAUUAAUACAUUAUCCCUACAUUUACUCCCUAUCCAACUGCAGCAGGUUAAGGGACCAAUGCAGUGUGUAAAAGCAGAGUAAAUCUUUUUUUUUUAAUCGCUACAAACCCAAAAAGGGAUGUCACAGCCACCAGCAGGGAAGAGAUGAGUUGGAACAAAAGAAAAUACCUUCCCCUUACUGGAGAAGAGAGGGUUAAGCCUAUUACAAAAGACCAAUCAGGAUGGGUCUUUUCUCUUGCUGCAAACCUCCGCAGUAAGAGAGAGAGAGGAAGAGAGAGGGAGAGAGAGAGAGAGAGAAAGGGGGGACGAGGGAGUACUUUGACAGAACAGAGCAGAGCAGAGGAUAGAGUGAUACCAGCAGUGCAAACCAUUGCACUACCAUCCAGGAAGCAUAACAGAGAUUUGAGAUGAGUGAUCACACAGCAGAUCACAUGGAUGGUAAAAUCAAAAUGAGGGCAUAAGAAGGAACUGGAGAAUCCCAGCAACCUGACUGUCAGGACUAAUCUGUGUGGACUUGAUUUUCUUCUGUCGAGGACUCAAAGAGAAAGAACAUCUGUCAGUUGUUUGACCCCUGUGUGUUCGUCCAACAUUUAUUCCUCAUUCUUGGAUUACUGCAACUGAAAACAAGUUGGGAAUUUUGUAUCUUCAGACCCAGAUUGAUGCAGUCUGAGAAGAGAGAAAACAGAAGAGACAAAGUGGUUUGUGGACCAGUCCUGAAGCAUCUGUGUUUAUCUUGCAUGGUCACUGUCAAAGAAAGACGUAGGAUGGAAGGACAGCUGCUGCUGUAUGCCUCCUAAAAUCCACUUUUUGACCCACGCACCAUGUUAGAUGGUUUCAUUCUAGCAGUAUUUUAUCAGGAUCAUCCUCCUUCAGAAUCACCUUGAAGAAGUGCCAGUAAAUUUUUACUUUAUGAUGGCCACUCAUCAUAGCGAUUAGAUACAUAUGCACUCUCUCUGAGGUGAUUGAGUGUUCAACAUGUCAAGGAGCAAACUGGAGACUUGCUCUCGAUUUACAAGUCAAUGGUGGCUGGAGCCAGUCAUACAGAGACGGAUGGGAAAGGUGGAAAUUGAAGGCCUGUUCCAUUAGUGAUCCCAGGGGACACAUGGGCCUGGACAUUACAUGGACAAACUGACCUCUCAUGGACAAAUUCUGGAAAUUACUAUGAUGGACACCUGGGAGCUGACAUGUACAUGGCUUACUGACAGCAUAGGGCGUUUACUGAUGGAUCUACCAAUUGUUUUGUUUUUUUAUAUAUAAAUCUACAUUCACCUUUCUGGGGACAAAAAGUGAAAAAAAGGAAUGAUUUGGAUGAGCGGUGAAUUCCACCCCUGUGCAAGGAAAAGAGUCUGUGUUUCAUUGUUUUUUUCAUUGGCUGUGUUUCUCCAGUCUGGGAAUAUCAUGUGAUUAUAAACAGGAGGUGGCUCUGACAUCUUAUCCCUGUUCCAAUCAUCCAUCAGCUCUCCCACCAUUACAAAAGCAAACAGACCAGAAAUCUGGAAAAAAAAAAAAAAACAACCCAAAAACAAUCCUUUGGAAGAAGUCGGUCAUCGUAUAUUGAACUCCACUGGAUCUUUCUCUGGCUCUUUUUUUCUGUUAGUUUUCUUACCUUCAAAUAUAGGAAAUAAAAUGUAGGCACUCCAAAGAUAGUCCUUGUCACGAAAGACAGGUGCUUUUUUGGCUGUCGGCCACUCUGGCAGGAGUGAGCAGUGAAAGGAAAAGCCUUGCUGGGGGCUCCUGCUGUUACAGAAACACUUUACCUCUGGCCAUGUCUGAAAGUGGUGCUUGUCUCUGUGGACCGAAAAUCGACUCUAUGGCCUGAUUACACAGCCCUGGUAUUCAGAUUCUGCUGGAGGGAAAGGAUAAUGCAUAUCCUUUCUGACCUGGAACAAGAAGCCACCAUGAGCAACGUCACAGUUACCGACAACACCGAACCCAUCAGCCGUAACAUGAAUUCGGCAAACUCCAACACGUAUUCCUAUCCUGUCAGUUUUCAGGUCUCGCUGACUGCGUUCCUCAUGCUGGAGAUCGUCCUGGGCCUGAGCUCAAACCUCACUGUGCUGGCCCUCUACUGUAUGAAGUCCAACCUCAUUAGUUCUGUCAGUAACAUUGUCACUAUGAACCUUCAUGUGUUGGAUGUGCUGGUUUGUAUUUGCUGCAUCCCCCUCACCAUCGUGGUGGUGCUGCUCUCCCUGGAGGGAGACACAGCCCUGGUCUGCUGUUUCCACGAAGCCUGUGUCUCUUUUGCCAGUGUCGCCACGGCCGCUAAUGUGCUUGCCAUCACCCUGGAUCGCUACGACAUCUCAGUCAAACCGGCUAACCGAGUGCUGACCAUGGGCCGAGCCCUGGCCCUGCUGGCAGCCAUCUGGGUGCUGUCCUUUGUAAGUUUCCUUGUACCAUUUAUUGAGGUGGGAUUCUUUGCUCAGGGCCACGCUGAGCUGAACCAGACGGUGGUGGAGAAUGUGGUUCAUACUAAUCAGUACUACACAGAACUUGGCUUGUAUUAUCACUUGCUCGCUCAGAUACCUAUUUUCUUCUUCACUGCCGUCGUCAUGCUCAUUACUUAUUCAAAGAUUUUGCAAGCUCUCAAUAUUCGCAUUGGCACACGUUUUCACACUUCACAAAAGAAGAAGGCUCGCCGGAAAAAGCACCCAUCCAUGACGGCAAUGACAACGCAACAAGAGGCCACAGACGGAUCACAGAGCAGCGGCAGCCGAAACCCCACGCUGGGAAUGCGCACCUCUGUUUCUGUGAUAAUUGCCCUGCGCAGGGCUGUUAAACGUCACAGAGAAAGACGGGAGCGACAAAAACGAGUUUUCAGGAUGUCCCUCCUUAUUGUCUCUACUUUUCUUUUAUGCUGGACACCCAUCACGGUACUCAACACGGUAAUCCUGAGUGUUGGUCCCAGUGACUUAAUGGUGAAGUUGAGACUGGGCUUCUUGGUCAUGGCAUAUGGGACCACUAUUUUUCACCCUUUACUCUAUGCUUUCACGAGGCAGAAGUUUCAAAAGGUCUUGAAAAGCAAGAUGAAAAAGAGAGUGGUGUCCAUUAUCGAGGCGGAUCCCACACCUAAUAACGCCGUCAUCCACAACUCCUGGAUUGAUCCCAAGAGGAACAAAAAGGUUACAUUUGAUGACAAAGACACUCGACAAAAAUGUCUGUCUUCUGAGGAUGUGGAGUGAAGAAAGUCACUUCACAGCCAAUAAAAGCAGCUAAAACCGACAUCAGGUUAGGUUUAAAAGGGAAAUUAUUAAUCCAAAGCAGUUGUGUAUAUAUUAUAUGUCAUAGAAUGUACAAAAGUACCAGGUUGAUUAUUUAUUACUAUUUAUUGAGACGUAGCUUUGAUGAUACAGAUGGUAAUAUAUUGUAGAUAUUGCAUGGCAUUUUGUGACUGUGACAGCAUAAAGUUCUUUUUUUCUUUCAUAUUAAUUACCAAAGUGAGAAUCUAGGUAAUUAAUAUUUAAUUAGCCCGACCACAGUUUCUAAUUGGACCACAAACUUAAUCCUUCUUAUUGUCCGAUAAAGAAUCUCUGAGUUUGUGCUUUGUGCCAUUGCCUCAUCGUGGAGUUGUGUGACCUUUCCCACUGUUUGUCUGUGUCUCUUUCUCUCUCUGUCCUCAAAACAUGGACAAUGGAAAAAUGGACCCUUCUGUCAAGUCGUCGUCUACACCAGGAGAAAUCCCACUGCAUCAGUGGACCUGUGGACCCUUUAAACAUCUUUUAAAAAAAAAAAAAAAAAAAAAGAUGUUCUGUUGUUGUCAGGCGGAAUUUUUCGUCAUAGUAAGUAUUUGAUGUCUGCUUUAGAAUAAUGUAUUCCAGUGAUAGGCCUGCGCUGUGUUGUGGACAGGCAGACAUCGGCUGUACCCCCCUAAUCCCACAAGUACUGUCACAGAUAGAGCCUGUUUCUGUGGAAAACACAAACCCAUAUAUAAUGUAGAUACACAAUGUAUGUAAAAGACAAGGUAUAUAUGUAUAUAUAUAUAUAUAUAUAGAGAGAGAGAGAGAGAAGAAGAAGAUAUUGUUCUGUAUACGUAUAUUUAUAAUAAAUUUUUGUUCACUCACAAAAGGCAACUCUAUUCUCCAGAAAGUGAAGUGUUUGUGAUGGUGAGAUUACUAUCAUUCAUCACCUCCACACUACUCACUCACUCAGACAUCAGAUCCUGCGGUCCUCUGUGACCACUGACCUUAUUGUCUGGGAUGCCCUAGGGCUGGGAGGAUGUCAAAUUUAAAUUAAAGCUGCCAACACCGAUGACCACAGUCUCACAUUAUCAUGGUGACGGUGUACAGACCUUUUACAUUUUGCACCAUCUUGCAUUCAGCCGUAGCCUUGUGUUAAACCAAAAACGCAUCAGUGAUUCUCUGUUUCGCCCAAAGUAUUGGUUAAAAACACAUAUUAUGUUUAUUUAAUGUAUAUUUGGUGUUUGAGUCAAAUUAUUUUUAAUGACCUCUUUAUUUUUCAAGCCAUCUGAAAUAAGUUUGUUCUUGCUGUUCUGCAACUUCUUUAGGUAAUCUUUAGGAAUUGUUUUCCUUCACCACUCGAAGAACUUUAAUGCAGUUGUGUUCAGGUUACAGUUGCAUCUUCACCUGCGUCCUCUCCCUGUGAUUGUCAACAGACUCCAAUCAUACACUGUCAGUAUCUCUGCACCUAUUUUUAAUUCUAUAUCUGUGGCCUGCUUAAAAUUGCUUGAAAUAUUUGACUCACACUGUGAUUCCAGGAGGAUGCUAAUGGUUUCACCAAGUCUGAUGAUGUUAGAUAAAAUAUAGCCCCAAACCACCAAGAGCUUAAAUCACUUUUUAUUAAAGUUCCCUAACAAUAACCAAUGUGUGUAUAGGUUUAGCUAUAAAUAACAAACAGAAGUUUAAGACUAAAAGCAUUUUUGACUGCAAACACCAAACUGCUCAACAUGAAAUGAACGCAACACUUGGGUAACUACUGUUAAUACAGUAAAUAUAACAACAAUCUUCUUCUGCUCAUCAUCAGCACCACCAUCAUCAUCAUUAUCUGUUCAGUCUGGUCAGAGGUGAAGGGACAUGAACAGAAACUAGGGCCCGAUGUAGAGUUUAGUAAAAAACUAUUCCACUUCUGUUUACAAAGCCUGUGUUUAGCGUAGAAGAACAUUCACAUUCUUGAAACCCAGCGGAACCUGUUUCUGAUCUAAUUUGACAUAAACCAGACGUGAAUUUGGACCACGUCUGUUUCAUUUUAGCAGUCACCAUUUUGGGCCAAAUGGAAUCUUUACUCUCGUCUUAUUUUGUGGUGAUUUAUUUAAAGUGACACAAAAAGUCACACACACACACACAAACUUUCAUUUAUAUUCAUUUAAUUUCAGUUUAAAUUUUAAGCGCGGACUUCUAGCUAUUGGAUUGUACUGCAGCUGCCGGCGGCAAAUGAUUUCCAAACUAGUGAAUCCAAUAUGAUAAUUAAGACCUACUUCUGCUCACGAUUUCAAUUUCUGUUUACAAUUAACAAUAGAAGUUAAUUAAAUACCUUUGCUCUGCAUGUGAUUACUACUAAUAGGAGUGGGCAAAGAAAAACAGAGGAGUAUUUCCCAAGUGGCUUCUAAAGGUAAAUAAUUAAUGUGGCCAAUUCUUAUUUUUAGUCCAACCUUAUUGAUGAGUUUGUCCCGAGUAAUAACAAGUUAGCAAUAAUUUAUUAGCCCAUAUAGGUGAACAUCAAUAGUAGGAAUCUACCAAAUGAAACAAUCAGUUUUCUACUGUCAGCUCCCUUUAUCAAAUCCCUUUACUGAGAUUACAUUUACUCUUAGCUCUAGAUGUGCCCAGAGAAGAUGUACGUAAGGUGUAUGUGCUCAAUACUGAAUAUACACGCAUAAAUAUAAACGCUGUCCUCCAGCUAAGGAAAGAGAUUCUGAUGCUUUUGUUGCCUCUGGUAAGGUAGAAAUCUAAAGAGCUGGUUAGAGUCCCGACAGAUCAGGGCUGUUGGCCACAGCACAGAGAUUACACAACCAUGAUGGGAUGAUUCCCUGGCUGUCACUGAGAGAGAGUGGUUUGUAGCACAGCAGUCAACACUGAUAUGGGAAUAUUGAUGCAGGAAAGGUUUUUUAUGAUACUGCCAUAUAAAGGCAGCAUGGAUGUCACAGUGCCUCGCGGCUAUGUCUGUGAUUGGGAGUGGAAAUGGGAUCGUAGCCAGCAACAGAUUAGCCGACAGUGGAGGGAAAAUGACCAAGAGAUGAGCCACGAAGUCAGAGCACGGACAUAAAACACUGACGGUCGUGAGUCCAUAUAUUAGCCAGGAAAGUUCAGAGGUUCAGUGCCAUUUUUUUUACACAUUUAUUUAUUGUGCUCACUAGCUACUGUCUGUUCUCUGCAAAUAUUUCUUAAUUAAAGUCAUGUUUGUUUUGUUAUUGCAUCAUGUCAGGUGCUAUUUUAAACCUCAUUAGUUCCAGGUACUGAAAAAUCAUUUCUAUUGAUUACUUUCUAAAAUUACUUCUGAACAGUCAAUGCUAUUUACACCAAAUAGACUUUACUUAGGUGUAGCCUCAGUGAUGGAGUCAAAUGAGUUUUUCAAAUGAAGACAGAAUAACCUGAAGUUUCCUUUAACACUAAGGAGAGCUAUUAAACUAGAGACCUUUCUUUAUCAGUGUUUAUAAAGAAACUUUUACUACAGUGUUCCGCUUCACCAAGUGUUAAAUGUGGAGUGUUAUCCGAGUUAGAGCUGGUGUGAUGUUGUGGUUUGGACUCAUUCAGACUCGGUCUUAAUAAAACAAUUGGUG